AUUUGAGCAUAUUUGUAGAUUAAGCUUUAUAUUUCAGUUCUAAUAUAUUAAAAAUCUACAGACUUAAAAAUAAUUGGCUACUUAAUUUAAAAAUCUUUUAUAGGUAAAUAGUUAUUACCUUUCUAUUUUUUUAGGACUAUCUUGCCAAAGAAUCUAACAAAUGAAUAAAAGCUCUCUCUUCACCGAUAACUAUAUAACCAAUGUUAAACCUGCAACAAUGGUUAUACACGAAAAGCCUACUUUAUCACAUUCAAAUAUUUCUCAAAAUGAACAAGAACAACCUUUCUUGUAUUGGAGACACUUCAGUUUCAGAAAGCUUUGGGUUUUUACUGGCCCUGGCUUUCUCAUGAGCAUAGCCUAUCUGGAUCCAGGGAAUAUAGAAUCCGAUCUUAGAUCAGGUUCCCUAGCUCAAUAUCAUUUACUAUGGGUUCUUCUCUUAUCUACCAUUCUAGGUUUGAUUUUUCAAAGACUAGCUAUACGUUUAGGAGUGGUAACUGGCCAGGAUCUAGCUGAAUGUUGUGGAAAAUUCUACAAGCCCAUUCCAAAAUAUUUAACCUGGGUCUGCAUUGAAAUUGCCAUCAUAGGCUCAGAUAUGCAGGAAGUAGUUGGCACUGCCAUAGCCUUUUAUCUCCUUUCGGCUGGUAAAAUUCCGCUCUACGUUGGAGUUUUACUCACUAUAGUUGACACGCUCACGUUUUUAUGCCUCGAUAGAUACGGUCUAAGGAAACUCGAGCUCUUAUUUGGAACUCUUAUAGGUGUCAUGGCAAUUUCUUUCGGUUACCAUUACGUCAUAAUAAAACCUAAUCAAGCUAAACUCAUAACCGGCUUAUUUACGCCAUCCUGCGGAGAUUGUAGUCAACGGGUAAUUUUGCAAGCCGUGGGCAUUGUUGGUGCAGUCGUAAUGCCCCACAACCUUUAUCUGCAUUCAGCCCUGGUUAAAACUCCUCGUGGAAUAUUAACGAAUGGAAGCUCCCUCGGGAUGAAGCAAGCCAACUUUUACCACCUCGUGGAAGCUGCGAUAGCUUUGACAUGCUCCUUGAUUAUUAAUCUUUUCGUCACUUCUGUCUUCGCCGAAACCCUUUAUGGGUCAACUAAUUCUCACGUGAGAGCAUAUUGUUUUAAUAGUACUUCUGUAUUUCCCGGUGCGCGUAACUUGUUUCCUUCCGAUGAAUCUCCAGUUAAAGUUGAUUUGUUUAGGGGCGCUGUAUUUUUAGGGUGUCGAUUCGGGCCUCCUUCUCUGUACAUCUGGGCCGUGGGUCUUUUAGCCGCUGGUCAGAGCUCAACCAUGACCGGCACUCUCUCGGGACAAUACGUUAUGCAAGGAUUUUUAAAUCUCAGAUGGAGCCGCGCCAAGCGGGUAGCUCUUACUCGAUGCAUAGCUAUCUUACCCACCCUCAUACUGGCUUUAAACGAAGAUAUAGACUCGCUCACUGGCAUGAAUGACGCCCUAAACGCCUUACAAAGUUUUCAAUUGCCCUUUGCUCUCGUUCCGUUACUCACUUUUACUAGUCUUCCCACUAUUAUGGGUAGUACCUUUGUUAACAGCGUAGUCAAUAAAAUGUUCGUUGGUGUUGUCUCAUGCUUAGUGCUGGCCAUUAAUUUUUAUUUCACAUCCACAAUCAUACGGAGUUUGUCGGACAAAAGCUGGUGGAUUUUAGCCAUCGUUUAUAUUCUUCUAAUCUUGUACGUUUCGUUUCUAACGUACCUAUGUUACUACAGUAUUUUUUCGCUCGCUAGAAUAUCUUUUGAUUUGAAUCUAAUUAAUAACAUCCGAUCAAUUAAAAUAAAGGACACUUUUAAGUUCAUGGUAUGUUGUGCAUUAAAGCCUUCUGAACCGUUAAAAAAUCCCAUUAUUGACGAGGAUUUUCUAGAUAAAAAUUAUAACGAAAAUUUGGGACGCAGAAAUGAUUCCAGUGAAUCCUCGAUAUGAUAUUAUAACUCAUCUAUAAAAAUAUUAGACAUAAUUUAAACUAAUUUAUAAUAAAAUAGCUCAUUGAUAUUAUACCAUGUGUACUGUACAGCACUAACCAGGAAUUUUUACUUAUAGAGGCAGCGAGGGAUGUUAUUGUUUUUUUAGUAGUAGGCUUAUACCCAAAUUUAGAAUUAAUUUAAAAUAGAUUAUGCUUUAUUUUAUAGAAAAUUCUUUGGGGGAAAGGGGGAAUAUGUUUAGAAGGGAUAACCGCUAUACGAUUCUGGUUUGGAUAGCAUAAAUUUCAUUUAUUUUAUUUUUUUCUAUGUAAUUAUAUUAUUUAUAAAAUUUUGGCAAAUUUUAUUCAUUACAAUCAAUUUUGUAUGUGUUUUUUUCUUUAACAAUAUAAAAAAGUUUCAUAUUUUCCUAUAUUCUUUUUAUUAUUUAUUACAUACUAGGACUUAUGAUUCAAUUUAAAUAUUAUGUAAAGUAAGAAUAUUUAUUAUUGUAGGGAUUAAUGAAAUCAGUUAAAAAUUUUAUAAAUAAACCCUGAAAUAAAUACUGAUUUUUAAUAUACCAUAUUUUAAGUCUAAGGGCAAAAAACAUCAUUUUAUUGAAAAAUUUCUGAGACGAGGAAUAUUCUAUAUAUUAAUUAAGUUACAUGCAC